AAAAAAGUCUUCUCUCCGUCGGCUCCGCUUCUCGCCUCUUCCUCGAGUUCUUUCGGCGUUCGCAGUGCGAUUCAGUGGUUUGUUUUCGCCGGAGAUCGAGGAUUGAGGCGGAAUCAGAGGUGUUUUUCGGGAUUCCGAGCUUGCAAUGGAGGAAACUCUUGCUCGUCGGAGAUUCGUGGUCGGCUACGCCCUCGCGCCCAAGAAGAAGCUGAGCUUCAUCCAGCCCUCUCUCGUUGGCCUAGCGUGCGAGCGAGGCAUCGAUCUCGUCGCCAUUGAUACCUCGAGGCGCCUCGCCGACCAGGGCCCCUACGAUUGUGUGCUCCACAAGUUCUAUGGAGACGACUGGAAGGCACAGCUCGUGGAUUUUGCCUCCCAGAACCCUGGCGUUCCCAUCGUUGACCCUCCCCUCGCCAUCCAGCGCCUUCACAAUCGUAUCUCCAUGCUCCAGGUGGUCUCGGAGCUCGAGAUCCACCAGGAGAGGGAGACGUUUGGGAUCCCCAGCCAGGUGGUGAUUUAUAACUCGAGUGCCCUCUCCAACUUCGGUGUCAUCGGCGCCCUACGGUUCCCUGUGAUCGCGAAGCCCCUAGUCGCCGAUGGCAGCGCCAAAUCCCAUAAAAUGUCCCUGGUUUUCCACCGUGAAGCCUUGCUCAAGCUAAAACCUCCCCUCGUGCUGCAGGAAUUUGUAAACCACGGCGGGGUCAUCUUCAAGGUUUAUGUGGUGGGGGACUACGUACAGUGCGUGAAGAGGAAGUCCCUCCCAGAUGUAUCCGAAGAGAAAUUGGAGCAUUCCAUGGGUUCUGUCGCCUUCUCACAAGUGUCCAACAUUACCAUGCACAACCCAGCAGAUGCCGAAUAUUACAAACGCCUGGAUGAGGUAGAGAUGCCUCCAUUGAGCUUUCUCACGAAGAUAGCGAGUGGUUUGAGGCGGGCUACAGGAUUGCGACUUUUCAAUUUUGACAUAAUUAGGGAUGUGAGAGCUGGGAACCAUUACCUUGUCAUCGACAUCAACUACUUUCCUGGGUAUGCGAAAAUGCCAUUUUAUGAAAAGGUUUUAACUGACUUCUUCUGGAAAAUUGUUCAUGAAAAGAAAGAGCAAUAUACAGCCACUUCAGUUGUCUCCAAUAACGAGUGCAAGCAUUUGUCCGACAACCAUAACAAGUUGGCAGAGGAUACAGAGGAAGUUGGAUAAUGUUUUUGGUACUUUCUUUCUUUAAUAGGUCAAGAAGCUUACACUUCAUACCAAUGCAAAUGAUCAAAGCAAUAUGAAUGUAGCCGCACUGCCGCAGUGGCGUUUGGCUGAUUAAGUAGGUUAGUAGAUCAUGUAUUUUUAACCUUUGGGUGUGUUUAUUGCUUCUUACACUGAUACAUUGAGACUGUACAUCCUUACUUUUGCUACAGUAGUUGGUACAUUUAGAACUGUAAUAAGGUUGGUGUUUUUUUUUUUAAAUAUUGAUCUGUUCUGAUUUCAA